AUGUUAACCUAUUUGUGCCGCAAAUGUCACCACAAGUUGCUGUCAGUGUUGGGUCGGCAGCGGUCACGGCCUCAACGGUGGUCGUCGUCGGCGAGUGUCGGCCGCAUAUCAAUCGCUGGCCAACGACUGCGCGGACUUUCGGUCGUAUUUUACGGAUCCGAUGAAUUCAGUUUAGAGACACUCAAACUCUUGAACCGAGACUUUGCCGGACAGACAACCGGCGAUCAGUCAAUAGAGCCGUUGAUAACGCGUCUGGACGUAGUGUUAAGCUCUGAGCUCAACGUAAUCGCGCGGUUUGCGGCCCAACACCGGCUGACCGCUCAUCGGUUUCCCUAUGAAUUACCCGCCGAUACGUACGAUAUCGGAGUCGUCUCGUCGUUCGGCCAUCUGAUCCCGAAGCGGGCGAUCAGCGCCUGUCGAUUAGGUAUGCUCAACAUUCACGGCUCACUAUUGCCGCGAUGGAGAGGCGCCGCACCCGUCAACUAUGCCGUACUCAACGCCGACGCCAUCACCGGAAUCACUGUUAUGAGGAUUAAGCCCAAGAAGUUCGAUGUCGGAGACAUUGUCUGCCAAAUGGAGUAUAGGAUACCCGACCGCAUCACUGCCAAAGAGCUGAAGCAUCUGUUGGCCCCCAUCGGCGCACAACUCUUAUGGAAGUGUUUACUCGAUUUAGACAAUCAUUUAAAUAACGCUAAACCGCAACCAAACGAAGGCAUCACUUAUGAGUGGUCAACGAUGACCGCCACAGACAUCGAUCGCCGAUUCCGCGCUUUCGACGGCUUUAUAGACGUUUACACGCAUUGGACGGACGGAACGCGUGUUCGGCUGCACGACAUGGUGUCGCCCGAAGUGGUGUCCACUCUAGAGCUCGACCGGCUGUGCGGCGGUCGGGAGCCGUCGCCCGGUUUCGUGUAUUACCAUAAAAAGCGGCGCAUUGUGUGCGUGCAGUGCGCGGCCAACACGUGGUCGGCGUUCGGGUCGUUGGCCCCGAAGGGACACAAACAGAUAUCCGCGCAUCAGUUUAACAACGGUUUUAUUAAACGGGCCGUAAAUCCAGUGGUUUUAGGCCAACAAAUGACGUAA